AGCCAACAGCCUUAAAAUAAAAGCAGAAAGCUGAAAAAGUCACUCAGAGGCUCUCUCAUAUCCACCGGAGCGACAGAGCCACACAGGAAGUGGAGACAGAGAGUAUAUUGUGGGUGAUUUUCAGAGGACAGAAGAAUAAUACACUGCUGUGCUCCUGUUAUCUCACAGUCAGUCUGCUCCCACAGCAACAGCCUCCAUCACCACAGUGAAGGUAGAGACUCCUGACAGAGAGAGCCAGCCUCAGAGGACGUCCUCGGAUAUCUGCUGUGAAAGGUCGAACUUUCUGCUGCGAACAUGGGAUGCUUCGGAUUCCUCAAAGUCAUGAUGUUUGUCUUCAAUGGCAUCAUCUUUUUGGCGGGUGCUGCCAUCCUGGGUGUUGGGAUCUGGGUGAAGGUGGACAGCAGCUCCAUCCUCAGCUUCAUCGGGAAAAUUGAAAACGCACCACCAGAGCUCAGCCAGGUGCUCAAUGUGGGCUACCUGCUGAUCGCAAUAGGAGCACUCCUGCUCAUCAUCGGCUUUCUGGGCUGCUGUGGAGCCAUCAGAGAGAGCACCUGUAUGCUGCUGCUGUUUUUCAUCAUAAUCCUGUUGGUCUUCAUAGCUGAGGUUGCAGGAGCAGUGGUGAUCUUGGUGUUCAGACCCUUGGCAGAUGAGCUGAUCACCAAGUUUGGCACGGCGGCAGUUCAGAACAUCAAGAAGGACUACGGGAAAAAUCCUGACAUCACAGGACUGUGGAAUACUACAAUGAGCACGUUAAAAUGCUGUGGAUUCUACAACUCUUCAGACUUCGUCAACUCUCCAUAUUAUGUGGACCACAACCAGAAGUACCCACCACAGUGCUGUCCAGGCAGUGAUGACCCAUGUAAUCAAACGGUGGUUGACAGCGUCACGACGAUCACUGGGUGCUUCCCAAAGAUCAAGCAGCUGAUUGAUAGCAACACUGUGGGGAUUGUGGCGGUGGCCCUGGGAAUUGCAGUCCUGGAGAUAUGUGCCAUGGUGGUGUCCAUGAUCCUUUACUGCAGAAUAAGAUCCAGGGGGGACUAACUGCAAAUGGUGGAAACCUCAGAAGAUGGAUUUUAAUCGCUGGAGCCUUUCUAGGUACUUCCUGCAUCGCCUCUAGAGGAGUGAGGGGCUAUGCCUUCUAUCUUGCAAAAAUGCCUCAUCGUUAAAGACAGUUAAUGUCAGCUCUUGUGCAAUCAGAACUACUGAAUGACAUAACAAAUCUAUUUUUACUACUUUUAAAUCCGUCUAAUAGAUAUGAAUGUACAUUAUCUAUAUCUCGAGAACACUACACUUUGUAAAACAGGCUACACACACACUUCACCAGAGAUUAUUUUAAUGUCAAGCAGUGCUACCACCUGUGACACACAGCCAGUUAAUGAGGAGUCACAUGAUAACUGCGUUCAUUGUGAUGAUGAAACAAAGGCUGGUAUGGUGGACAGAAGGGACCAAUAUUGUGAGUGUUGUUGCCAUGACACAGCUUGUAAAUAAGCAACUGAAAUUACACAUUAUUUGUAUGUAUGUUGUAUGGUGAUCAAUUUUGAAAUAAAGUGAAAAG